AAUAAUAAUAAAAUGGCCGUGUAGGUUUUUUUUCUUACUCUUUGUUGAUGUUGGGAAACACUCAGAAUGCUGCUGUUAUGAUGGUUUUUGGAGCUUAUUUGGGCGACGAGAAGAUUGGUUUUAGUUUGUUGGUGCGUUGUGGUCAAGUUGAAGAAGAGAUUUGUGAGGUUGGAAGGUCAGCAUGACUGAUGACCACAAGAAAUGGACAUGCGAAUACUGUACCUACAACAAUUGGCCCAGUGCCAUCAAGUGUACUCUGUGCCAAGCCCGCCGGCCUGUUCAAUACAUCAGUGCCCCAACCUCACCAGAGGGGCCCCGGAGGGAGUUAAUACCAAGGGCCACUGGUACCAAAACCACUGGUACCAGGACAGCACCAUUGAUACUUCCAGGUAGUGAUCACCGAGGACCACUUUCCCUGGCGGCAAAAUGGUCCUGCCCGAUCUGCACCUACAUGAACUGGCCCCAGGCCACCAAAUGCGCCCUGUGUUAUUCGUUACAUAGCAGCAGUAGCCCUACAGCGGAUAAUAAGGGCAGAGGUACCCCAAAGGGUUUCAGGUUACCACGAUUACCCAAGCCGCCAGAAGCAAGUCAAGUUGGUAAUAACGACCGUAACCGUAAUAUUUCCCAGAAUGUGAAGAAAUGGGCCUGCCCAGCGUGUACAUAUGAGAACUGGCCCAGAGCAAAGAAGUGUGCUUUGUGCAUGUUUAUGCGCAGCAAGCACAGUCCGGAAUCAGGUAUGGCUGCAAGCAGUUCAUUGAUUGAAGAGAAUCUACGCAACGUUGAGGCCUCUAGCCGCAGCUCUCCACCCAUAUCCCCGCCAAGGAGUCCUGAUUCUAAUGUGGAACUUCAACAAGUGUCCCUACCAUCGGUGACCCCUGAGCCAAAUCCACAGUCUACACUCAGCCACGGCACAAUCAACCUAGCCGACCACGACCGACGCAUUAAACAGAUACGCAGGCGCUUGCGCAAGUCCGACUGGCUGUUCCUCAAUGCCUGCAUGGGUGUUGUGGAGGGAGACCCGAGGGUUGUGGAAGCGUAUCUUACCUCUGGGGGCUCCCCAACGCGCCAGCUUAACCGCGACGAAGUGACUCUCCUCAAUAGACCCAGUGCAUUUGACGUUGGUUUUACGUUAGUGCAUUUAGCAAUUAGAUUUAAACGAGAGGAUCUUGUGGCAGUGCUGCUGACCCCAGACGUCACCGGCAAUGUUGUGAAGCGCCCACCUUCCCAGGUUUGCCCAGACCUGGCCGGUGGUAUACGAAGGGACAUUGCAAGAUCUUUACGCCAGAGAAAAAUGGACUUCCUGUGCUUCUUUGUGACAGAUUUAUUAACAUUUAUUUUACCUGGAGAAAUCGAGGACCUUCCACCUACUGUGAGGAGUCAACUCUUUGAUGAACUCCUAGACAGAGACGUCCAAAAAGAAUUAGAGCAGGAGUCCCCGAUCAUUAACUGGAGUGUUGAAGUUGCUGACAGCCUAGGUAGUCGUCUGUAUGCCCUGUGGAACCGCACUGCCGGUGACUGCCUGCUGGACUCUGUGUUGCAGGCCACAUGGGGUGUGUUUGAUACAGACGCUGCACUACGGAGAGCUCUUGGGGACAGUCUCAACGAAGGUGGUGUAAGAUUUUUUGCCCGUUGGAAGGAGUAUGAAUCAAUGCAAGUUGAGAGCAUGCAGUUCACUCUAGAUGAUGACCAGUGGGAGCAGGACUGGACCCUGAUGCUCAGUCUUGCCGGUCAGCCCGGGGCAGCCCUUGAGCAGAUUCAUAUAUUUGCUCUGGCGCACAUCCUCCGCCGUCCCAUCAUAGUCUACGGGGUCAAGUUCAUCAAGAGCUUCCGUGGGGAGAAUAUUGGCUAUGCACGUUUUCAAGGCGUUUACCUACCUCUACUCUGGGAACCCAGCUUUUGUUGGAAGAGCCCAAUUACCCUUGGCUACACCCGGGGGCAUUUCUCAGCCCUGGUUCCCAUGGAAACAGAGUCAGACGAAAACCAGGGGGCUGGAGCCAACCUGAACACAGACGACGAGACGCAGACUGUUUACCUUCCGCUGACAGACUUUGAAGGGAAGUUGCUUCCAAUUCACUUUAUCACACCUCUUGAGCUCGGUUCAGAAGAACGGCUUCUAAACGAGUGGUUCGACGGCUGCUACACAGCGGGGGGAGUGUUUGUUGCCCAGCAGGUCCACCACAAACGACGACCCGUGCUGAUUGGUCAAAUGCUGGAAGAAUGGCUCCAACGAUAUCGCAGAAUCGCUCACCAACUCUGACGACGGUGGACGGUAGCCACAGUCAACCUCGCAAGUACCCUUGCCUCUCUCUAACUCCCUCUUUGUAGACAACAUAAUUUUAUUCAUAGAUAUUGUCAAAGUUGAUCAGGGUUCUUUAGUUUCCCUUUUACGACGUGGAGUUUUUUGCACCAUGUUUUGUUUUUCUUUUUUCUUUGUGAAGUUCUACAAUGUAUUUUUGGAUCUCAUGAGUGAAAAAUAUAUAGACUGAAGUUUGUGAAAAAAGUUUGUGUAUUUUAGUAACAUAUUUUUAGGUAGAGCUGAUGCUUUAAACUUUACCAUCAGAGAAGGAGACGUGAUCUGGGUACAACCCCUAAAUGUUUAGUGGAAGAUUCUGUAUCUUCCUACCUGACUCUUGAACCUUACAGAGACCACCAUUUUGUCCUAUUCCCAGAUGACAAACAUGUAGCAGCAAACGAUAUUAAGUCAGGUUUGCAUUACAGGCACCAGUCUAUUAACAGUUUUGAUGUGACAGAUUAGUUAGCCUUCUCAAGUAUUUGACAGAGAAAACUCACAAUGAUCAUAACUUGUCUGAAACAGUAUACAGUACAGGGCCAAAAACCGUAUGCUUGAUUUUAACACAUUUUGAUGAUUAGUAAUUGAAAACAAACUUGACGUACUCCCUAUAUACAGUGCAACUUUGUAUUAUUUUGUAUGAAAUCAAAAUACUGUGUGAUUUUAAAUUACACGUACACUUUGGUAGUUGAAUGUUUCUUCAUAAAAAAACUAAAAAAAUUAAAAAAAGUAUUGUAUGAACCCAAGAUUCUCCUUUGAAAGAAGGUACUCUAUAAUUUUCCACUCAGUCAGUGAAUUGGAUUGCUGAGACGCAGAGUGUAAAAUCUUUCCCUUUUGGGGGGGGGGAAUGGGAUUAGUCACCCUUGCAAAAUUCAGGGAGAAACCCCAGAUUUAGCAAAAGAUAGGUGCUUAACUGCUUUUCUAUUAGAACCAACAAGGUUUACUUUAGAUGGUUAGUUUGAAAAGAAACAGGAAUUUUCUGUAGGAAUUUCAGCAGAGUUUGCAAACUGCAGUGAUACUUUUGCUGUUAAUUUACAUACUUGUACUCACAAAGCAUAUUGUGUUUGAGUGGUUCUGUUUUAGUAUUGAUAUUUCAUCCAUAUAUUUGUGCGUCGGCAAAAAAUGAUAGCUCCAAAGCAAAAGGAGCCGAUGAUUAUUUGCAUGCUGACUGUUUUAACAUUUGUGUUGGAAAUGCAUGAAUGCACAUAAUCAAAGAGAGGGAAAUUAAGCUUGUUAGUAACCGUUUGAGCAGUGAGGAAAAAAUGGUUUGAAGUUAUAUAAAAAAAUAAUAGAGAAGGGGAAAAUGGUGAUUUGCAAGUUUUAGUUUCAUGAUUUGCUAUGUAAGAUCAUGGAACCAGCAGAGUUGUAUAGUGCUCAAGUUGUAGGUUUGAAUUAAAUGGUUUGGGCCGCCCUACCAUUGCCAGUUUAUGUAUUUAUUUAAUUUGCCAUAACGAUUUAUUUAGCUGUGCUUCAAAGGGCUCAGUAUAACAUUACAGUGUUGUUUUAAAAAUGACUAAUUCUAUAUUAUUUCUUCCUUUUGUUUUUCUUUUAAAUUUUUUGUUUUAAUGCAAUAUUGGUUUUUAUAGCGAAUUUCUAAAGGUUUUCUUCAUACUUUUGGAUUUCUCUGCACCAACAAAUUAAGCCUACAAUUUUCAUUUUGGGGUUGUAGAAAACCUUUGAUAUUUCUAUUUAGGUUUCCACCUUCUUUUUAGUGAUGAGUUUGUUUUUGUUUUAAGACAGACAACAAAUUCAGAGAGUAACUUUUUAGCCAGACUGCUCAAAUCAUGCUCUUGUCAAAAGAUAAAGACCAACAAAUUUGUAUUCAUUUAAAUGUUACAGUAUGAAAAUUGCUAUCCUCUGACUCAAAGUUUUAGAUGUUUUAUCAUGUGAGCACAAAAAUCUAACUUCUAUGACUGACACAGUGUAAUCGUGAUUUGAAAUUGUCUUGUCCUUGUUUUACUGAGUUUCACAAGUUCAUUGUUAGCAUAAAGUAGAUUGUGGGUUGGUUGUAACUGUUUUCAUUUGGGUCAAUCUACAUAUUUGAAGAUUUCAGAUUGUUUUAUUUUCUUUGGUGAAAAUAUCUCUUUAAGGGAAGGGUGAAUAGACCCUUUUCAUGAAAUAUGUAAAUUGCACAUAGGGCGUGCACACUAACGUUUUGGUUGGCAAUAUGAGGGAACAUCGCACUGUUUUGUACAUUGGCUAAUGGGUGUGUGACGCAGACGCGAUUGCGCGUCUGCUUAGUGCACAACUCUAUGGCGUUUGCCAACCAACAGGGUCUGUACGCAUGCCUGAAUGUGAUUAGCAUAUUUCAUGGAAAGGGUCCAUUGAUUCUGGUUGAAAGUGUCUCCGGAUAUAUACUGUGUGCAUCUUAAAUGUGCACACAUAUUGGAGUAAACAGGGUUUGUACAUGUUUCUAUAUGAUGGAAGAUAUUAAUCUAUUAGGAUUUAUAUCAUUAGGUUUUUUUUAUUCCAAAAACAAAUUAAAGGGCACUCUUUGGAGACACUUUAGCAGCCACAAGCAAGUUGCACACAAAACAUGCACAACGAAUCCACAAAAGUCCUCAAUAUUUCCUGGCAAGAAGUGAAAUGCGUUAUUAGUUUGUAACCUUAUACUGGUAUACAUGUUUUGGGGUUUCUUUUCCUGUAAAAAUGGGCCCUGGAAACAAAUUGCCAGUUACAGCUAAUACUCAGACUUUCUUUUUACCAAAUGGAAACAAAAAGAUUCUUAUAUUCAAUGCUACAGUAUUUGAUUUGUGCAAAAUGAGAUGCAUUUCGGACGCACAUAUUUUUUAAUUUAAAGGAUUGUAGGUAAAUACGUGUUGAGCUUUCAACAGAAUUCAAUAAUAUUAAUUUUGGUUUUUACCCAUGUGUAAGCACUGUAUACUCAGUACUUCCCCGAGUCCUGUGAAAAAAAUAUUACAGGCAUUACUAGGGUGGGAUUCAAAUAAGGUAUUUUGUACAAAUAUGACAAAUACUUUGUUGUAUUUUUUCGUUUAAGAAUACUUUUCCCUGUAGCCACAAAUUGCAUGUUGUUUAUUUUCUUCUUUAAUAGAAUACUGUGUGUGUCAAGUUAGAAACAAGUUUUUUUAACUCUUAGUAGAGCUUGCAAUAUAAAUCAUAACUUUGGAAAAAUGCUUUCUUUCACUGGGGGUUAUUCUAUCAUAAUGUGU